GCCCGGGCAGUGCUGGCUGCUGUCCCGGGGCGCACGGACGUGGCUCGCGUUUCCUGCGCGCCCAGCUCCCCGCGCUCUUGCCCCGCGCCACCUCCGCCUGCUCCGCGUCGCCCGCUGCCCCCAGUUGGCCCCGGGCAGCCAUGGAGGACGUCACGCUGCACAUCGUGGAACGCCCGUUGGCGGGGUACCCGGACGCGGCCGAGGCCUCCGAGCCCCCCGCCGGGGGCGCCCCGGCCGCCGAGGAGCCGUCCGGGCCCGGCACGGAGGAGCUGAUCAAGGCGGACCAGGUGAACGGCGUGCUGGUACUCAGCCUGCUGGACAAGAUCAUCGGCGCGGUGGACCAGAUCCAGCUGACCCAGGCGCAGCUGGAAGAGCGGCAGGCGGAGAUGGAAGGCGCGGUGCAGAGCAUCCAGGCCGAGCUGGCCAAGCUGGGCCGCGCGCACGCCGCCACGAGCGGCACGGUGGGGAAGCUGCUGGACAAGGUGCGCAAGGUCAGCGUGAACGUCAAGACGGUGCGCGGCAGCCUGGAGCGCCAGGCGGCGCAGAUCAAGAAGCUGGAGGCUAACGAGGCCGAGCUGCUGCGGCGUCGCAACUUCAAAGUCAUGAUCUACCAGGAUGAGGUGAAGCUCCCGGCCAAGCUGAGCGUGAGCAAGUCGCUCAAGGAGGCAGAGGCGCUGCCCGAGCGCGAGGGUGAGGAUGCAGGCGAGGGCGCACGGCCCGAGGAUGAGGAGGACGCGGCGGCGCCCGAGCUGUCGUCGGAUGAGGCGGUGGAGGUAGAGGAGGUGAUUGAGGAGUCGCGCGCCGAGCGCAUACGGCGCAGCGGCAUGCGGCGCGUGGAUGACCUGCGCAAAGCCUUCUCACGCGAGAAGAUGGAGCGCACGCGCCUGCGCACCAAGGAGAACCUGGAGAAGACGCGCGUGCGCACGCGCGAGAACCUGGAGAAGACGCGGCACUCGCUGGAGCGGCGCGUGACCACGCUGGGUGCGCGUCUGGUGCCGGCUGAGCGCCGUGAGAAGCUACGGUCCUCUCGGGAGAAGCUGCGCAAGUCCUUCACGCCCGACCAUGUGGUGUACGCGCGCUCCAAGACGGCGGUCUACAAGGUGCCGCCCUUCACCUUCCACGUGAAGAAGAUCCGCGAGGGCGUGGCCGAGCCGCCCCGCGCCACCGAGAUGGUGCCGGUGGGCACCGACGACGAGCCUGAGCCCGAGCGCGGCGAAGCCGGCGACCUGCUGCGCGCCAGCAGUCCCGACGUGCACGCGCUGCUGGAGAUCACCGAGGAGUCAGACGCCGUGCUGGUGGACAGGAGCGACAGCGACUGAGCCCACCCGCUAGCCCGCCGCACCCCGCCGCUUGCUCUGUCGCCUCUCUCGCUCUGUCUUUCUCUGCCCGCCCCAGCUCGGCUAAGAGCUUUCCGAUCACCUCCUUGGAGGCUGAGGCAGGAGGACAGCUGAGCCUGCUGGGCCACGUAGUAACUUAGGGAGGCCCUGCCUCUGAAUACAGGAGGCGGAGGGCAGGCGUGGAGCUCAGUCCAGUCCAGGGAAGGCCCUGGGUUCCGCUUCCCCACGGCUGCGAACAAUGAGGGAGAAAAGGAAGACAGGCAGCCCAGUGUGGGCGCAUCGUGGUGGAAACGGGAAGGACGCGCUCCUCACCUUGGCCGUCCCCAUUGGGGCUUCCAUCCCUGGCUUCCUACCUGACCCCGAGCCGGGGGCUGAGGGCCUCUGGGGACUGGGCCGUGGCAGGGGCCGAGGUCUCGAGCUUUGGGAACUCGGGCCGUGGGGCAAGGGACAGGGCCUGUGCACCAGAGGAAGGCAGGAGAAGGAGAAGAUGGGAUGGAGGAAGACAGAAGUGAGGGACUCAGGACAGGACAGGGGUUCUCAGGACAGCUGGGGAGGACUUGAGAGAAAGGGGUGACCUAGGGGGGAGAAGGACGGUUGGGGAAGCCCAGCCCAGCAUGCUAGUCCUAGAGGAGAUGAGGGGAGAAGUGCAGGAGCCAGGCUGGGGUUGGGGGCGUUCCCAGGGUCCCGACCUGGACCUUCCCUGCCAAGGCACGGAAAACUGGCAUCCCUGCCCCUGGGGUGCCUUUCUGCACCCCACACCCACUUAAGACCCUCUGUCCCAGUCCUCUCCUACCCCUUCCCCACGCUGCGCUUUUUAGGGUCACCGCUGACCACUAGGGGGAGGGAGGGCUCAGGGGACGCGAACCUUUUAUACACGAAACUUGGCUUUGUUUCUGUUUUGUUUUUUUCCCUUUUUCUUUCUUGGCUUCCUUCUCUCCCCUGAGUGGCUAGAGCCCUGCGCCUUGGAGGGCAGGGAUGUGGGUCCCCUGGUGCUUAGGGGGCUGAAGGGGCCAGUGCUGUGGCACGAGCAGCCGUCCUAUUGCUGGGCCUGUGACAGCCUGACCAAUAAACUUGCUUUUCUAAAAGGA